AUGGCCCGAACGAAGCAGACUGCACGAAAGAGUACCGGAGGAAAGGCACCCAGGAAGCAACUGGCUACCAAGGCUGCAAGAAAGAGCGCACCUUCCACCGGCGGUGUGAAGAAGCCUCACCGAUACAGACCAGGAACCGUUGCCCUGAGGGAGAUCAGGAGAUACCAGAAGUCCACUGAGCUGUUGAUCCGAAAGCUGCCCUUCCAGCGACUGGUCAGAGAAAUCGCCCAGGACUUCAAGACUGACUUGCGGUUCCAGAGCACUGCAAUCAUGGCUCUGCAGGAAGCCAGCGAGAGCUACUUGGUCAGCCUGUUCGAGGACACCAACUUGUGCGCGAUCCACGCCAAGAGACGAUUUUUGCCAAUCUCAAACCCAACUUCUACUUCAAUUUCUACAACAACUACAACUGCAACAACCAUGUCUGGACGAGGAAAGGGAGGAAAAGGACUUGGCAAAGGAGGAGCAAAGAGGCACCGAAAGAUCUUAAGAGAUAACAUCCAAGGCAUCACCAAGCCAGCCAUCAGACGUCUUGCUCGACGAGGAGGUGUCAAGCGUAUCAGUGGACUGAUCUACGAAGAGACCCGAGGAGUGCUCAAGAACUACUUGGAGAGCGUGAUCAGGGAUGCUGUAACCUACACCGAGCACGCCAAGAGGAAGACCGUUGUAGCCAUGGACAUCGUCUACGCCCUCAAGAGACAAGGCAAGACCUUGUACGGAUUCGGAGGUUAA